AUGAGUUCGACAGAGGCAACACCAUCAUCAGAUUUGAAUGAUGUUCUUAAUGGCAGAAAUGAACUCACAUUUCAAGACAAUGCAAGUAAAUACUUUACCAAAACUGAAAAGCAACAAGUAGACAUUGAGAAAACCAGUAAUAGAUUUAAAUAUUUAUUGGGAUUAACUGGUUUGUUCCGUCAUUUUAUCGAGGCUAAAGCUAACAAGGAUCCAUUGUUUCGGAAAAUUGUCGACAACCUUCAUGAUUCAGAAUUGAAAGCCAACAAAAAGAAAUUAGAUUCAGCAAGAAGAAGAAAAACUGAAAAGGAAGAAGAUGCCGAAUUGUUAAAUGACGAAAAAUCUACCAGUUCAAUAUUAGAAUUCACUGAAAGUCCAGGAUACGUGCAUGGCCAAUUAAGACCAUAUCAAAUCCAAGGAUUGAAUUGGUUAAUUUCUCUACAUGAAAACAAUUUGUCAGGCAUAUUAGCUGAUGAAAUGGGAUUAGGUAAAACUUUACAAACAAUUUCAUUUUUGGGUUACUUGAGAUUUAUCAGAGGUAUCAAUGGACCUCAUUUGGUAAUCACCCCCAAGUCAACAUUGGACAAUUGGCAACGUGAAUUUAAUCGAUGGAUACCCGAUAUUAAAGUCUUGGUGUUGCAGGGUGAUAAGGAUGAAAGAGCUGACUUAAUUAAGAAUAAAGUCAUGACGUGUGAUUUUGAUGUUAUCAUUUCCUCCUAUGAAAUUGUCAUUAGAGAAAAGGCAACUCUUAAAAAAUUUGAUUGGCAGUACAUUAUAAUUGAUGAAGCUCACAGAAUCAAAAAUGAAGAAUCAUUAUUGUCGCAAAUCAUUAGAAUGUUCCAUUCAAAGAACAGACUAUUGAUCACUGGGACUCCUUUACAAAACAAUUUACGUGAAUUAUGGGCAUUACUUAAUUUUAUUGUACCAGACGUGUUUGCCGAAAAUGAAUCGUUUGAUGAAUGGUUCCAGAAAGAUAGCAACAACGAAAAUGGAGGCGAGGACCAAGUUGUUUCUCAAUUACACAAGGUGUUGAAGCCGUUUUUAUUGAGAAGAAUCAAGGCUGACGUUGAAAAGUCCUUGUUACCGAAAAAGGAAUUGAAUGUUUACGUUAAAAUGUCGCCCAUGCAAAAGAAUUUGUACCAAAAAAUUUUGGAAAAAGACAUUGAUGCAGUGAAUGGAGCUAAUGGUAAGAAGGAAUCGAAAACGAGAUUAUUAAACAUUGUCAUGCAACUAAGAAAGUGCUGUAAUCAUCCUUAUUUGUUUGAAGGUGUUGAACCAGGACCUCCAUAUACCACUGACGAACAUUUGGUGUUUAAUUCCCAAAAGAUGUUGAUUUUAGACCAAUUGCUAAAAAAAUUCCAACAAGAGGGUUCAAGAGUAUUGAUUUUUUCGCAAAUGAGUAGAAUGUUGGAUAUUUUAGAGGAUUAUUGUUAUUUCCGUGAGUACCAGUAUUGUCGAAUUGAUGGACAAACUGAGCAUUCUGACAGAAUUAAUGCAAUUGACGAAUAUAACAAACCUGGAAGUGAAAAAUUCAUAUUUUUAUUAACAACAAGAGCUGGUGGGUUAGGUAUUAAUUUGACAUCAGCAGACAUUGUGAUUUUAUUUGAUUCCGAUUGGAACCCACAAGCGGAUUUACAAGCAAUGGAUCGUGCACAUAGAAUUGGUCAAACUAAACAAGUUAAGGUUUUCAGAUUUAUUACUGAGCGUGCCAUUGAAGAAAAAGUUUUGGAAAGAGCCGCUCAGAAAUUGAGAUUAGAUCAAUUGGUGAUUCAACAAGGAAGAAACACUGGUGGGUUAGAUGGACAGCAAAGCAGUAAGGCUGCAUCGAAGAAUGAGUUGUUAGAUAUGAUUCAGUUUGGUGCUGCAGACAUGUUUCAGAAAACAGAUGGUGAGGGCGAAUCAAUUGAUAUUGAACAAAUAUUGAAGCUUUCAGAAGAGAAGACCCAAGAGUUGAAUAAAAAAUAUGCAAAAUUGGAUUUGAAUGCAUUACAAAAUUUUACUAAUGAUGAAUCAGUGUAUGAAUGGAAUGGAGAAAAUUUCAAAAAGAAAGAGCCAACUGCAAGUACACAACUCCCUCAAGUUUGGAUCAAUCCUGGUAAAAGAGAACGUAAGGAAAACUAUUCCAUUGAUAUGUAUUAUAAAGAUGUGUUAAAUACUGGUGGUAGGACUGCAUCGAAUGCUCCUAAGUCAGGACCCAAGCCACCUAAACAGUUGAAUGUUUAUGACCAUCAGUUUUAUCCCCCCAAAGUCCUUGAAUUGUAUGAAUUGGAGAAAAAUUACUAUAGAAAACAAGUUCAUUAUAAAGUUCCUUUGAAACCAAGUACCGAUGAAGCAUCUCAAAAGGAGAAUGAAUUGGAACAAAAAUUGGAACAAGAAGAAAUUGAAAACUCGCGUCCAUUAACUGAUGAGGAGAAGCAACUAAAAGAAGAAUUGAUGCAAAAGGGGUACAGCAAAUGGAAUAGAAGAGAUUUCCACCAUUUUAUACUGCUUUCCAGUAAGUAUGGUCGUAACUCCAUUCGUUUAAUUGCACUGGAAUUUGAUGAUAAAACUGAAGAGGAAGUUCGAGAAUAUGCCAAAGCAUUUUGGCAGAAUUACCAGGAGAUUGAUGGUUACGAAAGAUAUAUAAACCAAAUUGAACAAGGAGAGGAAAAAAUAAUCAAAGUCAAGAUCCAAAAGGAAGCGUUACGAAGGAAAUUGUCACAAUAUAGGUAUCCUUUACAAGAAUUGGUGUUGAAGUUCCCACCAGCAUCAACCAAUAAACGUGUAUUCAGUGAAGAAGAAGAUCGGUUUUUGUUGGUACAGUUAUACAGGUUUGGCAUUGACCUGCCCGAUGUGUAUGACCGCAUUCGAGAAGCAAUACGACAAUCACCAUUAUUUCAGUUUGAUUUCUUUUUCCAAAGCAGAAAUGCUGGUGAGAUAUCUAGAAGAUGUAAUACAUUGUUAGGAUGUAUACUAAAAGAGAUUAGUCCUGAACAGUCCUCCAUACCUUCCACUAAUGGUAAGCGUUCCAAAGACAGUACUCCUGAUGUCAAAACCAAAAAGCAAAAGCAAACAUAA